ACUUGGACAAUGACAGCAACUCUCCUAUUGUGGAUCCUCAUCCUAAACGCCUCGCUCGAGCCCUCAGAAAGCCAUGGAGGCCAUGGGUUUGAGGAGGCAAAGGACCAUGAGGUGGUUCGCCCCGUCAGACUUCACACUAUCCGAAAAAGACAAGCAGAAAACCUCAGACCACAGGCGAUGAAGUAUGGAAUGACGUUGGGAGGAAAACAUAUUGAAAUGCAACUAGAGAAAAAUUAUGAUUUACUCACCAAAGAUUACACUGAGACUUAUUACCAGAAGGACGGAACUCAAGUCACCACAAGCCCUGAUGACAUUGAUCACUGCUACUAUCAUGGGAGGAUUGUGAACGACAGCAAAUCAUCUGUUAGUCUGAGCACUUGUGAUGGACUCAGGGGUUACUUCAGAACAUCUGCCCAGAGGUACCUGAUCGAGCCCCUGACAGGAGACGAUGAGGGCAAUCACACCGUGACGACAGUCACAGAGAAGAACUACAUUCCUGCAGUGUGUGGUGUCACCAACACCAGCUGGAGUGACGACUUUGAACCCCCAACAAGCCGCAGCCGCUCCAGAGCAGGGGGUAUAUCGAUUGUCCAGCAACAGAAAUACCUGGAGCUCUUCCUUGUUGCUGAUAACCGUGAGUAUGUGAAGAUGAAGCGAGAUAUGACAGCGCUGAGAAAGAGGCUAUUUGAAGUUGUCAACUUUGUCAACAUGGCCUAUAAGCCCCUGAGGACCUUUAUUGCUCUGGUGGGAAUCGAGAUCUGGUCCAACGGUGACUUGAUCAGUGUGACCCCCCCGGCCGGGGCCAACCUGCAGGCUUUCAUGAAUUGGAGGAACUCUGAGCUGGCCAAGAGGAAGAAGCAUGACAACGCACAUCUCAUCAGUGGCAUCGACUUUGAAGGAUCAACUGUGGGACUGGCUUUCAUCGGGACCCUUUGCUCUGGUCACUCUGUUGGGGUCGUACAGGAUCACAAUGACCGGGCCAUUGCUGUGGGAGCUACACUGGCUCAUGAGAUGGGCCACAACCUGGGCAUGGACCAUGACGACUCCAGUGCCUGCUCUUGUUCUGGAGACAGCUGCAUUAUGGCUGCAUCCCUCAGCUGGAACAUUCCUCGCACUUUCAGCAGCUGCAGUGGCAACAACUAUGAAAAGUACCUGAUGGGCCGCAGCCCCAGCUGCCUGCUGGACAAACCAGACUACAAGACUGUGGUGGCUCCUUCCGUGUGUGGGAACGGCUUCAGGGAGGCAGGAGAGCAGUGCGACUGUGGCACAGUGGAGGAGUGUACCAAUCCCUGUUGCAACGCUACCACCUGUGCUCUGAAGGACGGCUCGCAGUGUGCUGACGGUGAAUGCUGCGAGAACUGCAAGAUCCUGCCUCGCACCAGGGAGUGCCGCAGGAAGCAGGAUGAGUGUGACCUGGCAGAGUACUGCGACGGCACCAGCAACACCUGCUCCGAGGACGUGUUCGCUGUGAACGGCCUCCCGUGUGACGGAGUCCUGGGAUACUGCUACAACGGCCAGUGUCCGCGGAGGGCAAACCAGUGUGUCAAGUUUUACGGAUCAAGUGCUGUAGAGGCUGGACAGUACUGCUACAACCACAACACCAGAGGAACCUACUACGCCUUCUGCAAACGUCUCUCACAGGACAAGUACAUCCCCUGUCAGCAAGUAGACGUGUUGUGUGGGAAGCUCUACUGUCACCAUGGGAACCCAAACCCAAACUAUGGCCGCAUGGUGUCGAUCGGCGCUUGCAAGGCAACUUUCUAUGACGACUUCUCUAAAGACUACGGCCAGGUCGACACUGGGACAAUAUGUGGGGAUGGAAAGGUGUGCAGCGAGAACCAGUGUGUGGAUUUAGUGACAGCUUACAGAAACACCAACUGUUCUGCAAACUGCCCAGGCCACGCUGUGUGUAACCACAGGAGUGAGUGUCAGUGUCUGCCCGGGUGGAUGCCUCCUUCCUGCAACUCAGAAGUUGAAGAUUUCUCUGCUCUUUCACCGGGAGCAAUUGUUGCCAUAUCAGUGACAAUUGUACUGCUUGUUCUCGGCAUCAUCCUCGGUGUGAUUGGGUUCAUCUGGAAAAAACGCCAAACACCCAUUUUGCCAAUUUCCCACACCCAGAGGAAGCAGGCAGCAGGAGACAUUUCCAUUCAGCGUGUCAACAAAGGGCCAGGUCCUGCUCAAGUGCCACAGGUUGGAAUACUGAAGCCCAGAGCUCCACCUCCUCCACCUCCAGGAGGGCGAAAACCUAAACCACCAAGUCAGAACUACACUGCUGCACGUCAGGCUCUGAGGCCAGUUCCUCCACCAAAAGUCUGAUGUCUGACAGUGCCACCUUUAACCAGACCUGGGGAGAUUCACCUUUGUCCACAGUGUCUCCAGGCUCUAGGCAGCCCAGUGGAACAGAGAUAUUUUAUAUUCAUGGCCUCUGGUUCCUCUGCCUGAAGUUGCUCAGUGUUUGUACCAGUGAUGUGCAGGACUGCAGGAGGGACACACUGAACUCUACAUUGUUGCUUCCAUGUACUGCCAGGGCAUUACAGGGAAUGUACUGCAUGUUUUAUUUUUAUUGCACUUUUUUUAUAUUAUAGUGUAAGGAGUUGCUUUAGCUGGAAACAGAAGCAGCUCUGGCAUUAAUGUGAGCCAUAUAAAUGUAUACAUGUUAUUUUAUUUUGCAAAAGAAAUUAUACAGAAUAUUGCACAGAACUGGAUUUUAGUUUCAAAGUGUUUUCAACAGCAGCAGUACUUUCAAAAUGUUGUGUAGUUUUCUUAAACUUUUGACAUGAUGGUAGAAAUACUCAGAUCAUAAGUCAGAGUAGCAUAAUAUAAAACUGUGCUGCAUUUUCAGGUAGAGCUCAGGUACAGAAACACACUGUAAAACCAGAACAAAUGGAUACAUGUCGGUGAUAUAUUUAUGAGAUCAGUUUUAUCAAGUUAGGUUCAGACAACAAUUUUUAAAGUUUUUGCAGAAGCCCUUCACAAUUCAGCUUCAGUUAGUUUCUAAAUGAAACGUCAUCAUGACGUCUAUGUGUUGUUGUGUCUGCUUCACAUUCAACAAAAACCUGUGCCAGUGUUAAUUGCCCCUAGUCAAUAUGAUUAUUACUGAUAUAGUUUGUGUAAAUAUAUUUUUUGCAGUACACCUUAUUUAUAUCCUGAUGUAUUCUUGAAUGAGUUCACUGUGUGAACAUGUACAUAAAAACACUGUAUGCAGGUUACAUUUGGCACUUUGUGAGAAUAAGAUGGUAUAUUUUUUUUUUCUGUGCUUCGAGUCUAAAGCAGCAGCCUGACUGUUGUAGCGUCACUAGCUUGGGUCUUGUGCACAGUGAGGGAACCACACGCUGUGAGGUUUCAUAUGUCUACAAAUUCUAACAAUUAAAUAUA